CUUUUUUUCAAACUCAAACUUCUGUUUUUCACUUUUUUUAAAAUUAAUAUUUUAGUGAUUACAAAUUACAAGAAAAAUGUCUAUGAACAAAUUCAUGCACCCUAGAAACAUCUACAAAGACCCACCAAACUUCAAAGCACUGGCAUUAGAAUAUCCCCAGUUUAAAAAGCACGUUAAACUGGACCUUACCGGCAAAACCAUAUUUGAUUUCAAAGAUCCAGAAGCCCUAAGAACCCUUUCUGCCACAUUGUUGAAAAAAGACUUUGGUCUGGAUGUGGAAAUUCCCAAAAACAAGUUAGUUCCAACAAUACCGCUUCGUUUAAAUUACAUUCUAUGGAUUGAAGACUUGCUGGAGUUUAUAGGACGAAGUGAUAGUAUAAAAGGUAUAGAUAUUGGAACUGGAGCUUCUUGUGUGUAUCCUCUACUAGCAGCGAAAAAGAAUCAGUGGUCAAUAUUGGCGACAGAAACAGAUAAUGAAAGUUUCCAAUGUGCCCAAAGAAAUAUCGAAAACAAUAAUUUAAGUAGUCUAAUUUCUAUUAUCAAAGUACCUGGUGAUACUCUAUUAACUGACUCAAUUAAUAUGCAAGUGGAUUACGAUUUCUCUAUGUGCAAUCCACCAUUCUUCUCCAGCACCCAAGAACUACAUCCUUUUUUUAAAUCUAGAAAAGCCAACAGGCCACAUCCCAAAAAUGCUUUUGUUGCCAGUGUUAAUGAAGUAGUGGCAAAAGGAGGAGAAACUGAAUUUAUCCAAAAGAUUAUUAAUGAAAGCAAAAUUCUAGGUUCAAAAAUAAAAAUCUAUACCACAAUGGUUGGACAGAAAAGUAAUCUGCCAGCAUUGAAAAAGUAUUUGAGAGAUACUGAAGUGGUCAGUUUUAGGGAAGCUGAAUUUUGCCAAGGAAAUACUACAAGAUGGGGCCUAGCAUGGACUUAUUUACCAUGUGAUUUACGCAAAGUGCCUGAUCUGGUGAAAGUUGCUACCAAACCACUGAAACCUCAUACUGCUUUACAAUAUGAACUUCCUGAUCAAGAAAAUACUCCAGAAAAUGUGGAGAAAGUAACCAAAUUAAUUUUGAAGAUGAUUAAAGAGUUGAGCAUGGACAUUGAAGAAGUAACAAGGAAUAAAAUGCACCAGAGAUAUUUUGUAACAGCUCAUGCGAACACUUGGUCCCAUCAAAGAAAGAGAAGAAGAGAAAAAUUAAGAAAAAUGUCUGAAAAGGAUUUGAAAACUGAUGAAAAUGAAAAUAAUAACAAAGACGAAGAAGAAAGUGCAGAUGCAAAAUCUGCUGGAAAAAGAACUCUUGAUGAUAUUUUGUGUGAAUCUACAAGUAAAAAAUUAAGACUGAGCACAGAUUCAGAAAGUAGUGACACUGUAUUUUAUAAGUUUAUGCUUGCAUUUGAUUGCACAGGUGACAAAGUUACGUUGGAAUUAAACACUAUUAAUGAAUUUAAUGACAGAGAGUAUUUACAUCAGAUCAUGCAGUUCAUUAAAAAUAAUUUUGGGAAAAUUGUAAAUACUGAUACAUAAUAGGAGUAAGAGAAAUAUUAGAGUUAAGUUUUCAGUUUUUUUUUUUUUUGGGAGGAUUUUUUUUAAAGUUAAUUUAAUUGAUUUGGAUUGAUACAUAAUUUUAUUUUUUUAUGGUCACAGAGGGCUGACGAAAUUAUAAUUUAUUUUGAUUAUUUUUUAAGUAAAGUUUUGUUUUAAGGUGAUUUUAUUGUGUAAAUUUGUCAUAAACCGAGUCAUAAACCUUUCCUUUCCUUGUCAUAAACCUUUCCUUUCUUCUUCAUAAACCUCUCUGUGGGUAGUUUAGGUAGUUAUUAGUAUUGGCCGGUACUUUUCUACUACUGUGAUCUCACCUCAAUAACCAACCACAGCAAUUUUCUUAAGAGAUUUAUUUCUCCUAAAAUGAAAUUAUAGGCUCUUUCUGUGACAACUAUGAAGAUAAGCAGUCAUGAUGAUUAUGUUUUUAUUUAUCAACCCCAGUAAAUAAAGAAUCGAUUAAAUUGGCUUGAUUGAGUAUAAUUUGAAUUCGAAUUUAGAUGAAAGGGACACAGUAAGGAAAUCGAAGGUUUCUAGGAAGUCCAAACCUAGUAUAAACUCGUCUACUGUGUCAGCAACUGUAAACAACAAAUCUUCCACUGUUUCGAGUAGCAGUUUAUUUUUCG